AUGAGCGAGGGCGACGCCCGGGCGGUCCCCCCGGCCGAGGAGCAGCCCCCGAUGGUGGCUGAUGGGCAGCAGGCGGACCUGGACAAGCGUGCGCGCAGCAAGAGCAAGGAGAGGCGGCGUUCACGCAGCCGGGACCGCAAGGAGAGGCGGCGCAGCCGCUCACGAGACCGCCGCAGAAGCCGCGACAAGGACCGGCGCCGCCGCUCGCGCAGCCGGGACCGGGGCAGCCGGCGCUCGCGCUCCCGCGACCGCCGCCGCCGCUCGCGCAGCCGCAGCCGGGGCGACCCCGGGUACGGCUACCAGGGGCGCGUGGGCCGGGGCCGCGACAUCGACCCCACCAUAAACUUCCACGACCCAUUCGCCGCCCUGCGCUCCGCGAACCAAGCCACAGACCCAACAGAAAUCGCGCGCCAGAUGCAGGAGCAGCAGCUGCGCGCGCGGCAGCUGGUGCUGCAGCAGCAGGCUGCCUCUGCGGUGGCGGCCGCCUCCAAGACGCAGCGCGAGGUGUAUGUGGGCAACCUGACCGCGGGGCUGGUCACAGCCGACAUGCUGAAGCAACUGUUCAACUCCACAAUGGCGGCGGCCUUCCCAGACAUGGCCAAGCCAGGCUACGACCCCGUGGUGAAUGUGUCGGUGCACACGGAGGGGCGGUACGCAUUUGUGGAGCUGCGUACCGCCGACAUGGCCUCGGCCUCCCUGCAGCUCAACGGCCAGGUGCAGCUGCUGGGCGCCACGCUGUCCAUCGGCCGCCCCAGCGGGUAUGUGGACCCGGGCAAGGCGGCGGCGGCGGCCACCGUGGCGGCAGAGGCGCUGGCAAAGUUCCAGGCGGAGUCCCAGGCCCUGCGCCGGCAGAACGGGCAGCUUACAGAUGAGCAGAUGAAGGAUGAGGAGACCAAUUACAUCCAGAUCGAGGGCAUGAUCACGGCGGACGUGCUGGCAGACGACCAGGAGUAUGCGGAUGUUCUGGCCGACAUACACGAGGAGUGCUCCAAGCACGGCACGGUGCUGCGCGUGGUGGUGCCGCGCCCGCCCGUGCCCGCCGACGCGGCGGCGCUCAUGGGCACCGGCAGCUACGGCAGGGCGUAUGUUCAGUUCCUGGACCUGGAGGGAAGCAAGCAGGCGCGCGCGGCCAUCCACGGCCGCAUGUUUGCGGGCAGCACGGUGCAGGCUGUGUUCAUGCAGCCUCAAGAGUUUAUGGAUGCAAUCGCGCCGCCGCCCGCCCCGCUGCCCGACCUGGCUGCGGCGCUGCCGGGCGCGGUGCCUGGCGUGCUGGGCGUGCCCGUGGUGCCCGGCGUGCUGGGUGUGCCCAUGAUGCCGGCGGUGGUGCCGGCCGAGGACUCGGCAGUGCCGCCAGUUGUUUGA